AUGCACAUUGCCGCAGUUUCCACAAUCUUCUUUCUAUGCGUUGCUCUCGGUCAGGUACGUGCUCAGGGGGUACCCGCUUUGUUGGGCGGCCUCAUGAGACGAAGUGUUUACCAACCGGGCAUAGAGGCUGUCGCCAGAUUGGCUCUUCACGAAAUUAACGCUAUCUCGGAUCGAAUCUAUCUUGAUCGACUCAUUGCAGUUCUGAAUGCUCAAAGUGAAGUUGCUGCCGGUACCGCUACCGUUUUGCAGCUUUUAAUUGGGCCUACCAAGUGUCCCAAAUAUAAUCCCGUGGUAAUGCAGGCUUGUAUGGCAACCCUUGCGGAUCCAGAGACUUUCUUCUUACCGCCACAGUACGGACCAAUCCGAAGAUGCACAGUUACAGUUGUUCAGAAACCUUGGCAGAAUUUCCAGCAAAAGGCGCCCUCUGAUCAGCAAAGGCUUCCAUGGCCGACAUCAACGGCUGCUUUAGCACAAGCAUUGAUUCGCCGUACAAAUGCGUCAAACCAAUCAAUGCUCACCAGUUUGAGAGGCGAAUUUGAAACUGGUUAUCGAAUGAUUACGUGGACCAUACCAAGCCAUGAAAGAAACGCUUCAGCACUAAAGAUGAGUCAGUUUCUGGCCAUUUCGUGUCUGGAUUCUAAUCCUGCUCGAUUCAAGAGGAGGCGGGGUUACACCAUGCGAUGCGAAGCUUUUAAAAGCGGUGCGCACUUGGGGCGAAUCAUUUUAUUCAUUCACGACAGCAGAAUGUACGCUAGCACACUCAUCGCAAUUGUUGCCAGCUUUGUGGCGGUCAGCCAAGCCGCAGUAAUUAUGUCAUACCCGUCUCCGGUUGUUUACUCCAAAGGAAUAGAGUUCAUAGCUCAAAAGGCCAUCGAGCAGAUCAACAUUCAGUCAUCUGAUUCGUACGUUGAACAAAUAGUAGCAGUUCUAGGAGCACAAAGCGCUCCGUCUGGAGGCACUACUGUUGAAUUCCUCGUUGGACCCACUACCUGUAUGAAAGACGGCUUUGUUCCUGGCGCGUGUUCGCUCUUCGACCCGACACUUACUGAGGUUAGCAAACACAUUUCAUCAUUCCUUGUCGAACAGAUCUUGAGACGUCACAAUAUUGCUUUCAUGACGUAUUUUUGUCGAACCCAACUGGCUCACCAACAACUUGCCGCAACUUCAAGUGUGCACCGUUACCGUGGCGGAUGCCUUUGGAUCAGUGACCAUCCAACAGUGCACGCACCUCGUGGCAUAAGUAUUCGCUUCGUCUGACCCAUCAAACAUAUGCUUCUGCGAAUGGGCCCUUCAAAGGAGCAAAUGGCAACUGAAUUUGGGUAUCACCCAAAGAAGUGUAGCAAUUGAAUUCUCUAUUCAAUGCCCUUUUUCGUUCAGUUUUGUUUAUGUCCUUUCACAUAAUUUACGAGAACUGAUCGAUUUGUUGUUGCGAAGUUUUCGUUUGUGCGUAAUAUAUUCUGCAAAUCAC